AUGCGCAUCUUCAGCGCGCCCACUUCCCAAUUGCCACCAAUCGGGAAAGUCCGCCAAUACUCGGUUGAGGAUCUCGCGAAAGCCCUGCGCUAUCUGCGCAACAUCUACAACCCAGAGGUCCGUGGAACGCGCCGAGUGGAUACAAAGGAGCGGUUGUCUUCACCAGCUGCUCUAGAUGGCCAUUCAUCCUAUUUGUCCAGCCAGACUUUCUUGGACGCCAUGCGAUCGGAUGCCUUCGAACGUUCUCACGCGAUCAGGUGGUUGACGACAGUGGUGUCGCAGGCAUAUCAUUUUAGUGAUUCUUCGGAUGCGGAUUCCGCCAAUGCCGCGGCACAAGAGAUCCUACUUCAGGAUGCCGCCUCUCUGCUUGCUGUAUGCGCUGGCCCUGCGUCCGCCGGUAUUCUCUCACGAACUUUCCGCUUCCUCAGCGAAGGUGGAGAUAUCUCGGUGCAGUUGACGGACAUUCCGUUGCAGAACCAAGACUAUUCGAGCGUUGGAGCCCAGACAUGGGGGGGCUCUUGUCUCCUCGCUGAGAUGCUCGCUGCUUCUCCGGAAAAGUUCAUUUUACCCAUGGUCCGAGACGGCGAUAUUGCUUACUGGAGAGCCUUGGAACUUGGAGCCGGGACAGGUCUGGCUAGCAUUACUCUUGCAAAAAUAUUAGAGCGUCGUGCAGACAAUUUCGACGCACAUCCAGCCACUGUUGUCGCAUCAGACUUCCACCCCUCCGUAUUGGCCAACCUGGAGAAUAAUAUCAAGGCCAACUUGUUGCCACCCGUCCCGAAUCACACACGUCUCUCCAUCAGCACGCAUUUUCUCGAUUGGUCUCACUUCAUGCAGCACAAGCCACGUACACAUCCUUUCGACGAACCGUUCGAUCUCAUUCUGGGCGCUGACAUCGUCUACGAGGUGGAACAUGCGAACUGGAUCAAAGCCUGUGUCGAGCAGCUGCUCCGGAAACCAGGCCUGGCGGGCACUCAGAUACCCAGUGCCCACUUCCAUCUUGUGAUUCCCCUCCGGCCCACACACCUCCUGGAAUGUCGUAUGGUUGAGGAAGUUUUCAACUUCGGCGACGCGGAGCGGUCUGACUUGACCCCAAGUGUCCCACAUCCUUCGCAUUCGCUUUGUAUAAUGUCGAAGGACAUCAUUACGUGUGAAGCGCACGGAGACGUCAGAGCGCGCGGCGAUGCGAGGGCGGCGGAGGUAGAGUACGUCCACUACGUUAUCGGAUGGUGUGUGAUUGGCAGUCAGAUAUGCAUGUAG